GUGUGACUAGCAACAACAUUGAUCGCGCUCUACCUAUGGGCGGAUACUGGGUGCGUGUGGGUUUGGGGAGAGUUGCGCUGGUUUGUACAGAAGAGAAGCAGGAGACAGAGUUGGGACAAGGCAACCUUGGCAUCAAGAGAGGCAUAUGCUGUAAAGUAUCUGCUGUGCCCAAUCCCAAGGUGCUAGUGAGGCAGGAGCAUCCCGGUGUGUGCAUGGCACUCUCUGCACCUGGACCAAGAGGAUACUACUAACAAUAACCUGGGAUCUGGCAGAGCAGAGCUGGUGGCAGCCCAAAUCCAUGCCAUUGUUCCCUGACCUGCACUACAGUCCCAGGCUGCUGCCUCCCUUGGGCUGUGCUACUGUCUCCCUCAUUGUUCCACUGCAUCUCCAGGUGCAUCACUUCUUCUCUGCUUCCCAGUAAAUCUCAGGAGCUGCAGAUCAUUCCCUGCUAAACCGCCUGCAUCCCCCUCUAUCCUCCUGCUGCUGCCUGGGAUCUGCUGUUCACAGCACUGGGGUUGUAAGCAUUUCACUGCUGUUAGGUCUGCCAGUACCCCGAGGCUUGGGCAAAGGGGACCUUGUGUGUGUGUGGGACCCACUGGUCUGGGAGACAGAUAAAGGGUGGGGGAUUCACAGGAGAAGGCUGUGUUCAUGUUUGGGAUUCAGGAAAGCAUCCAGAGGAGUGGGAGUAGCAUGAAGGAGGAGCCCCUGAGCAGCGGGAUGAAUGCAGUCCGGACUUGGAUGCAAGGAGCUGGGGUGCUGGAUGCAAACACAGCUGCCCAGAGUGGUGUGGGUUUGGCCCGGGCACACUUUGAGAAGCAGCCGCCGUCCAAUCUCCGAAAAUCCAACUUCUUCCACUUUGUCCUGGCCCUGUACGACAGGCAGGGGCAGCCAGUGGAGAUUGAAAGAACAUCGUUUCUGGGCUUCGUAGAGAAAGACAAGGAAACCAGCAGUGAAAAGACUAAUAAUGGGAUCCAUUACCGCUUGCAGCUUCUCUAUAGCAAUGGUAUCAGGACAGAACAGGAUUUCUAUGUUCGCUUGAUUGACUCCAUGACAAAGCAGCCUAUUGUGUAUGAAGGACAAGACAAGAAUCCUGAAAUGUGCAGAGUUUUGCUUACCCACGAGAUUAUGUGCAGUCGCUGCUGUGACAAGAAAAGCUGCGGGAACAGGAACGAAACCCCCUCCGAUCCGGUGAUCAUCGACAGAUUUUUUCUGAAAUUCUUCCUGAAGUGUAACCAAAACUGUUUGAAGAAUGCUGGCAACCCAAGGGACAUGCGUAGGUUUCAGGUUGUUGUGUCCACAACCGUUAAUGUGGAUGGGCACGUGCUGGCAGUGUCGGAUAAUAUGUUUGUUCAUAACAACUCAAAACAUGGAAGGAGGGCACGCCGGCUUGAUCCUUCUGAUGGGACCCCUUCCUACCUGGAACAUGUAGCUGCACCUUGUAUCAAAGCCAUCAGCCCGAGCGAAGGAUGGACCACAGGAGGUGCCACUGUCAUUAUCAUAGGAGACAAUUUCUUUGAUGGGUUACAGGUCAUAUUCGGCACCAUGCUCGUGUGGAGCGAGUUAAUCACGCCACAUGCCAUCCGCGUUCAGACUCCUCCCCGACACAUUCCCGGUGUUGUGGAAGUAACAUUGUCUUACAAAUCCAAGCAGUUCUGCAAAGGGACACCUGGAAGAUUCAUAUACACAGCCCUAAAUGAGCCAACUAUUGACUAUGGGUUCCAGAGACUGCAAAAAGUCAUCCCAAGGCACCCAGGCGACCCAGAGAGGCUUCCAAAGGAGGUGAUUCUAAAGCGCGCUGCAGAUCUGGUGGAAGCUUUAUUUGGAAUGCCGCACAACAAUCAGGAAAUCAUACUGAAGCGAGCAGCUGAUAUUGCCGAAGCCUUGUAUAGCGUCCCACGGAACCAUAGCCAGCUCCCUGCCCUCACAAACUCUUCUGUGCACCCAGGCAUGAUGGGAGUCAAUUCAUUCAACGGCCAGUUAGCAGUUAAUGUAUCGGAGCCAUCGCAAGUCACCAACCAGGGUUUCUCUCGCAACACAAGCAGCGUAUCCCCUCACAGCUAUGCUCCCAGCACCACACCUCAGCAGACCAACUAUAGCUCAGUUACCACUAGCAUGAACGGCUACGGGAACACAGCCAUGUCCAACCUUGCCGGAUCCCCUAGCUUCCUCAAUGGCUCAGCUGCCAACUCCCCCUAUGCCAUUGUCCCAUCCAGUCCAACCCUGGCUUCCUCCAACUGCAGCAGUUCCUCUGGCAUUUUCUCCUUCUCUCCGGCCAAUAUGGUGUCAGCCGUCAAACAGAAGAGCGCAUUUGCCCCAGUGGUUAGACCACAGGUAUCCCCGCCCCCAACCUGCAGUAGCUCCAAUGCCACCAGCCUGCAAGACCAGUCAUUUGUGGACAGUGGCAAGUUCCUCAGUGCAGGCUCUCUGCAGGGCUUGGCCUUCUCCUGAACUAUCUCUGGAAUGAUUGCACCUCCCAUGUGAAAAAUAAAACCUGCAUCUCACCUGGGGGUCCAUUGCUGGAGGAACAUGCCUCUUGACUUUGGGAAGAUCUUUUUUUUCUCUCUCUCUCUCUGUCUCUCUCUCUGCCCAAGAGCAACUUUUACUCAGGCCUCAGGAACCAAGAACUGCGGAUUUAGACAGUAGCAGUUGAUUAGCAAAAUACAAAAGUAAAAAGAAAAACUUGUUAAAUGAGAACGUUUAUCACCGGGGCUACCAACUUGUGGUGGAAUAUUUUUCUGGAUGUUGGACAAGAUCACUUGCAAGUGAGAAGAUUGUUUGAACAUUUCCAUAACCAUAAUUCACAUAGCCAGGAACUUGGAUGAAGAAUUCAGAAACCUGGCCACACACACACAAGUGGCACCAAGUCUGGUCACAGGAUGGCUCAUCAUUGAUAUGGCAAGGUCACUAAGUAGAAUGGGAUCCCAAGCAGAUGUGUUUUGUAAUAUUACUUUGAACUGAUCAAAUGUUUCUAAGAUGCUGACUGAGGUGGAGGAUCUGUGAUGGGUUUGGGACCAGGUAUCUUACACCACAGCAGGACGGCUUCCUUCUGCUUGUAUCCGUAUGCAAAGGUUACGUGCCAUAAUCAGGUCAAACCUUUGCCCCUGGAACUAGAGUCUGAAUCACUAUUCUGUACAUUUUAUUUUCUUUGAAUAUCCAUGGUUUUCCUCUUUCUACAGGGGUGUUAGUCACUAAACUGGAGGUCAUCAAAUCCAGAUCCAAAGUCAACUCCAUAGAUCAUUGUGCUUUCUCUCUCCUUGUUCUCUUUCUUGACCUACCAAUUCUUCCCAGCUCUUCCCUUUGCUAUACUACGAUAGCAUUCCAUCCUUCUUCCUGUUCCCUGCAACUCAAGUGCAAUUGGCUAAAGAAUAUUAGCUGGUGUUUUUUUAAUGUAAGAAAAUGACCAAGGUAAUCACAAUCACUGGGCUUUGGGAAUUAAAAAAGCACAAUAUUUGAUAAUGGAAGACUUAAUACCAAUUAAUGUUGAGAUUAUUUGAGAAUUUAACUUUUUCUUUGCUUGAGGGUCAUGUUAGCUAUUGACAUUUUGUCCAAGGGUGUAUUCUUGCCUACAAAAUGACUUGGGAAGGCAAGCUCAUCAUUUCUUUGCUUCCCAAAGCUGCUCCUGAUUGGAGGAAGAUACUCUAGCCACAUAAUUUCCAUUUUGGAUGAAUCCAUUAAGGUUUACCCUUUUAAGAGGGCUUAAAAGGGUAGUUAACUCACAAAUUGAUACUUUCAUGCUGGCAUUACAAAGGCACGUCUGAGAUUCCAUGGAGACUUCAUGGAGCCCAAAGUUUUGGAAUUCAUAUAUUUUUUCAGCCUAGAUUAUUAUGUCACUAUGGUAUCUCAGCAGGUUUUGGUUGGCUUUAACAUGACUUCCCAAACCACCCAAAAAGUAUAUUUCUGAGCCACACCAACAAAAUGUAGCCUGUAUUCCUCCCCAAGGGCUCUCCAUGCCUAUUCUACAACCUGGGUGGAGAACGUCUGGGUACAGGUAGGAAUCACAGAACCUAACUGGUCUCAUUUGACUCCUCAGGUCUCCAACAGCCAUGUUUUCUGCUUGACCUACAAUAACACCACUAGAACAGAAUAAAACUGUCAAACAUCCCCCUCUGGUAAAGCAAAAGACUAAGGGACACUAUUAUCCAUGUCCAAAUCUCCCGUCCCCUUUGCUCUCGUACUUUCUCACUAGUUAUAAAUAAUGUAGACUAUUUUGUGACUCUUUUUUUUGACAAAGUUGUUCUGUUUAUACAGAAAAAAAACUCUUGUGUUUCUGCCAAUAGUAAGCAAGUGCAGAGAUGUGAUUCUGCCUCACACAUCACAGUGAGCAAAACAAAGGGACAGAACUAACGCCGACGUCUUGUUUUUAAUAGGGGAUUUUGUAAGAUAUCCAUAUAAAUAAUGUAUUUAUCUCUGGAAUUUGUAUAGCCCUCGCCCAAUUUAUUUUAUUGUGUAUGUUACACUGUGAAAAGUGCAGAGUUUGUUAUAAUUUCCUGUUUUUAAUGUCAUGCUCGAUGAACAAAAAAAAAGGUUUUUUGUUUUUUCUUUUUUAAAUUGUCCUUUUUCACACCACAUUGAAACAGAUUUGCAUUUCGUUUUUGCCACCUGAA